UCGCGAGUUUGGUCCGGUAUAGCUUCAGUGUUUGGUGUUCUACCCACCGUCGACAGAAUGAGCAUGAAAGUAGAUACACUAGUUAAAGAAGUGUUUCCAGCACCGGUAGGCGAUAUCAUAAUGACGCUAGUGCGCCCCAUUCCGGAAUGUUUGAAGCGUAAGGCGGCAGAAGAGCUAAACGAGAAGGAAAAUACCAUCGUCGAGGAGUUGGACGUCAUCAAGACAUGGAUGCGACAAUCUGGACACAUUCGGGGGCGACUCGAGGACCAGUUCCUGCUCGGGUUCCUGCGCUCGUGCAAACACAGCUUGGAACGUGUCAAGGAGAAGCUGGACACCUACUACACCAUCCGGUCCGUUUUGCCCGAGGUGAUGCGCGGUCGUGAUCCUCUCGAUCCGUUCGUGCGCAAGGUCAUCAGAAUGGGUGUGACGGUGCCAUUACCUAAGACGGUCCAUCCGGACGACCCGAAGAUCAUCCUGAUCCGAGGAGAUGCCUUCGAUGGAGACGCCUGCGACUUCCCGGAUAUUUUGAAGGUGUUCACCAUGAUCGGUGACAUCCUGCUUCGCGAUGACGAUCAGAUGAUGAUCUGCGGCCAGGCGGCCAUCAUCGAUCUGGGUCACUCUUCCAGCGGCCACCUGUUCAACUUCAACCUCUCGUUCCUGCGCAAGGCGUCCAUUCUAAACCAGCAGGCGUCACCCCUGCGCCAGAAGGGUUUCCACUUCAUCAACACACCAAAGGGCUUCGACAUCGUGCUGAACAUCUUCAAGAGUCUGAUGACGGAAAAGAACCGCAAACGCACGAUCCUAUCGCACGGUUCCAGCCUGGAGUCACUGCACAAACACUUCCCCAAGUCCAUCCUGCCGGCGGAGUUGGGUGGAGAGCUUGGCCCAGUGCAGCAGUUUGUGGAUGAGUGGGAGCAAAGGCUGAUUGACAACCGGACGUACCUGAUCGCGGAGGAAUCGCUCGGUGUCGAUGAAAGUCGCCGGCGAAACACCAAUCCGUUGGCAGAGGAGAAGGAUCUCUUCGGGACGGCCGGUACCUUCCGGAAGCUGGAGUUUGACUGAUCCAGAGAUCGUUUGUGUUUGAUUAUGAUUGCCAUGAUGCGUGGCGGCUGAUUCAAAAGAUGCUAUGAUUGUACAAAAUAUUUUACCAUAAG